AUGCGCCUCUUCAGCCUCUUUUGGCUAUCAGCUAUCACCCUGGCGACCCAAGGCCAGUCUCAGGUCAACAAGACCUUCACCAACCCAGUUUUACCCGGGUGGAACUCGGAUCCCAGUUGCACCUUUGUGAAAGAAUGGGACAACACGUUUUUCUGCACAGUAUCAUCGUUCUUGGCUUUCCCAGGCAUCCCGGUGUACGCCAGUAAAGACUUGGUCAACUGGAAGCUCGCCAGCAACGCACUCACGCGGCCCGAGCAAGUCCCAGAGCUGUACAGGAACUCAGGACAGAACGAGGGAAUAUGGGCAUCUACGAUCCGUUUCCGCGAUGGCACCUUCUACCUAAUCACUUCGUACGUGUCUUGGUAUGAUGGAUGGGGUCCGAAGAUCCUACUCUUCACCACCACAGACCCCUACAAUGAUGCAUCCUGGACGGGCCCGCUGCAUGUGGAGAACCCGGCAAACGACAUCGACCCGGACAUCUUCUGGGACGACGGCAAGGUCUUCAUGUCGGUAGCUGCUGGAAUCUACAUCAGCGAGAUUGACCUCAAAACCGGCGCUGCGACCGAGCCCAUCCGAGUCUGGAACGGGACGGGCGACCGCAACCCCGAAGGACCGCAUCUGUAUCGAAAGGACGACUACUACUACCUCCUGAUCGGCGAGGGCGGCACAGAGACCAACCACUCCGUCACGAUCGCCCGGUCGAGAGAGAUAGCCGGCCCCUACGAGGGUGCGCCGCACAACCCCAUCCUCACGGCCAAGGACACGGAUUUGUAUUUCCAAACGGUCGGUCACGCCGACCUCUUCCAGGACGCCUCUGGAAACUGGUGGGGCAUCGCGCUGGCCACCCGAUCCGGCCCCGCGUGGGAAAUCUACCCCAUGGGCCGCGAGACGGUCCUCUUCGCGGUCGACUGGAAGGACGGCGAGUGGCCGUUCCUCGACGUCGUCCGCGGCACCAUGACAGGGCCUCUGCCGCCCGUCAACAAGGACAUCCCGGGAGACGGUCACUGGAUUGACGAGCCGGACGUCGUCGACUUCACGCCGGGGUCGGGGUUCCCAAGGCACUUUUUCUUCUGGCGGCCGCCCAAGACGUCGCUCUUCGCCAUCUCGCCACACGGGCAUCCAAACACGUUGGAAAUCUCCCCCUCGCCCGUCAAUCUGUCCGCAACCCCCGCUUUCGAGCCAAAGGAGGAUGGUCUUGGGUUUAUUGCCCGCAAGCAAAGCGCGACCCUUUUCAACUACACGGUCGACGUUUCGUUCAACCCCGAAGUGGAGGAGGAAGAGGCGGGCAUCUCGGUGUUUCUGACACAGGCACAGCAUAUUGAUCUGGGGAUCGUUAAUUUGCAGGCCUGCUCCGGUACAACAUUCAUCCCGCGGUUCCGGUUCCGCGUCGAAGCAUCAGGCAAGCCGAACAUCACCGUCCCCGAGACCGUUGUCGUGCCGGUCCCCAAAGAGUGGAGGUCGGAACCGAUACGGUUGUCCGUCUCGGCUGUUAGUGACACCGAGUACGUGUUCGGUGCGGCUCCUGCGGCAAGACCGGAAGAAUACAAAGAAAUAGGCUCGGCAAGCGCCCUCAUAGUUUCCGGAGGCAGCGGACCUUUUACCGGUACUGUAGUUGGCGCUUAUGCCACCAACAAUGGCGGCCAGGGGAAGACUCCGGCCUAUUUCAGUCGGUGGAGAUACACUCCUGUUGCGCAGAAGAUUGAACAAGACACUGUAGUACCGGCAAAGUAG